CAAUGGGGUAUAAAAGGUGAAGGUCCAGGGUCCAGAAAAAAAAGAAGCUAGAAGAAGAAUAAUUAUCUUCUUCAAAAUAAAAUUAAAAAAAAAAUAAAAAAAGGAAGCAGAUAGGAAAGGGUUGAAUCCAAAAAAAAAAAAAUGGCAUUUCUUGACGUACGGAAAAAAAUAAUGGGUAGGGUUUGGACUUGGACGAUGGCACUGAUGCUUUGCCUGAUGGCAGCAUCGGUUAGGAGCGAGGACCCUUAUAUUUACUACACAUGGAAAGUGACAUAUGGUACCAUUGCCCCUAUGGGUGUUCCCCAGCAGGGUAUCCUCAUCAAUGGCCAUUUCCCCGGCCCUGAAAUCAACUCCACCAGCAACAACAAUGUUGUCAUCAAUGUCUUCAACAACCUCGACGAGCCCCUCUUGUUCACAUGGCAUGGUGUCCAACACAGGAAGAACUCCUGGCAAGAUGGUACAUUGGGUGUCCAGUGCCCCAUUGCCCCAGGAACCAAUUAUACCUAUCACUUUCAGGUUAAGGAUCAAAUUGGAACUUACUUCUACUACCCGACCACCGGCUUGCAACGCGCAAUCGGUGGAUUCGGGGGUUUGAGGAUCUUCAGUCGUCUGUUGAUUCCAGUGCCCUAUGCCGAUCCCGCCGAUGAGUAUUGGGUGCUCAUCGGCGACUGGUUCGGCAAGAGCCACACUGCCUUGAAACAGAAGUUGGAUAGCGGGCGCAGCAUCGGCAGGCCCGUUGGGGUCCACAUUAACGGCAAGAAUGGUGGGCUUGAGCCCCUUUACACCAUGGAGCCCGGGAAGACUUACAAGUACAGAAUCUGCAAUGUUGGGCUCAAAGACUCCCUCAACUUCAGGAUCCAAGGCCACCCCUUGAAGCUCGUUGAGACCGAAGGGUCCCACGUGGUUCAAAACAACUACGACUCCCUCGACGUCCACGUCGGACAGUGCUACACUGUCCUCGUGACCGCCGACCAGGAGCCCAAGGACUACUUCAUGGUCGCCUCCACGCGCUUCACGAAGAAGGUUCUCACCGCCACGCGCGUGAUUCGUUACUCGAAUGGCGUGGGGCCCGCAUCCGGCGGGCUUCCACCCGCACCCCAAGGCUGGGCUUGGUCUAUUAACCAAUUCCGCUCCUUCCGUUGGAACCUAACCGCUAGUGCUGCCAGGCCCAACCCUCAGGGCUCAUACCACUACGGUCAAAUUAACAUCACCCGCACCAUCAAGUUGGUCAACACCGUUAGCAGGGCCAACGGCAAGCUCCGUUAUGGACUCAAUGGCGUCUCCCACGUCGACACCCAAACACCUCUCAAGCUUGCCGAGUACUAUGGCGUCGCCGAUAAGGUCUUCAAGUACAAUCUCAUCUCCGACUCCCCCGACACCGCCUUCCCUGACCUCACCGUCGCUCCCAACGUCAUCAACGCCACCUUCCGUGACUUCAUCGAAGUCAUCUUCGAGAACCCUGGCAAGGUCAUUCAGUCCUACAACCUUGACGGCUAUUCUUUCUUCGCUCUCGCGGUUGAGCCAGGGAAGUGGACCCCAGAGAAGAGGAAGAACUACAACCUUCUUGAUGCUAUAAGCAGGCACACCAUUCAAGUGUUCCCUAACUCUUGGGCAGCAAUCAUGUUAACCUUUGACAACGCUGGAAUGUGGAACUUGAGGUCGGAGAUGGCAGAGAAUCGUUACCUGGGACAACAGUUGUAUGUGAGUGUCUUGUCUCCAAACAGGUCUCUAAGGGAUGAGUACAACCUCCCAGAGACCCAGCUUCUAUGCGGAAUUGUCAAGGAUAUGCCUAAGCCACCACCUUACUCCAGUUAAGAAAGUUUUUCUCUUCUGAGAUGUAUAUAUAUACACCACCAGUAAGGGCGGAGCUAGAAUUUCUAUGUAAGGGGGCUAAUAUAAAAAAAAUUAAUUAAUACUUGUAUAAAUGUAUCAUGAA